GCCGGCCGGCCGACCGCGAGAGGUGGGAGAGGCCGACCCUUGCCCGGCCUGAGCCGUGGGUCCACCCGCGCCCCGCUCCACCCAGCUCCGCCGCCGCGUCCGCGAAGGGCCACUGAGCGUGACCUGGGGAGGCCGGAAGGCGCGCUCUGCUUUCGGAACUGGAGCGAAGCGAGCGCCGGAGGUCGGGGCCCCCCACACCCCGAACACGAGACGAUACUUAAGGUACAGGGAAAAACCAUUUCCUGGAACAUCUGAGUUGUAAUUCGAUCUUGAGUUAUCGACGACAGUCAAGGGGCAAACAUGCUUCGUGCCACGAGCGAACUGGAGUUUUCGAACGAACAAAAUACGGAGCAGAUCUCCCAGCUCGCUUCCCUGGUGCUGUCAGGUGACACAUCAACCGGCGAAAAAAACUCAACUGGUUUACCCGAAAAAACUGGCUAUCCGGACUCCGUUUACAUUAUGGCAGCAAACAUUUUUCAGGGUAUUCGAUUCGAAAAGUCGCCAGAGAAAGUCUUAAUAAAGUAUGGGAAUGAACCCCUGCGGUCCUUGCCUGAGUCUGAGGAUGAAUCUUCUCAGCGUUCGUCCUAUGAGCUGGCUUUCAGUGCUCUGAAGUUUCAAGAUAUUUUGGAAGCUAUAUUAAUAGACAGCUGUAUCUUCCCAAGUACCACAAUACCAGAUCAUUUGAGCAGUCUUAUUAUUGUGAUGCUGUAUGAUUUUCAAGAUAGAAAAUUUGAAGCUCGUUUCCUUUCUGAUAAUGAAGAACCCAUAGCAGAAGUUCAAGAAGUAGAGAACCUUCUUAACAGUUUUAAGAUAAAAUUGGCUGCAGCAUUGGCAAGAUGUCGAAUCAAACAUGAUGCCCUUUCAAUUUACCACAUUCUUCCAGAAACAGUUAGGAACCAGGAACUAAGGGCCUCCACUUUGCCACUUUAUGCUUGGAUAAAUACUUGUAAAAUCAGCCCUGAAGAAGUUUAUUAUAGUUUGAAGAAAAGAGGCUAUAAUAAAGUCAAAUCUGUAUUGCAUAUUGAUGAUAAAGUCUUUGCUGUGGACCAACAUUGCUAUGAUGUCUUAAUUUUUCCAUCUCAUCUUAAAAAUAAUCUUCUAAAUAUAGAUCUUUUCAAAGAUUAUAAACUUAUAUUUCAGGACAAAUCUCGAAGUCUCGCUGUCCAUUCUGUAAAGGCUUUAUUAAAUAUGGAUGAUGAUAUCUUAAUGGUCAAUACAGGUUCAUGGUACACAGUUGCCCAUAUGUCAAUAUUAACAAAUAAUAAUACCUCAAAAAUAUUUGUGUGUGGAGUAAAAUCUCAAGCUAAGGAUCCUGACCUGAAGAACCUUUUUACAAAAAUGGGAUGUAAAAAUAUUGAAAUACUUCAUGAGGCAUUUCUGAACAUUGAAUCAAAGGAUCAUAGAUUGCAGAAAGUUAAAGUGAUUCUGCUGCUUCCUCGCUGCUCAGGACUGGGUGUUAGUAAUCCAGUGGAGUUUAUAUUAAACGAGCAUGAAGAUACAGGUUUACUUAAAGAUUUCUCUCAAGGAGGUACAUCAGAAGAUAAACUUCACAUUCUUGUUCAACAGCAAUAUGAACAGCUAACACAUGCAAUGAAAUUUACUAAAGCUCAAGCAGUUGUUUAUUGCACGUGUUCAGUUUAUCCAGAAGAAAAUGAAGGUGUUGUUAAGAAAGCACUGGAAUUUCAAGACCAUGGGAUUAAAGUACAACCUUAUAGGCUUAGUCCUCCUGUCCUUCCACUGUGCUCCUUAAAGGAAAUACAUUUGUCUACUGAUAAGUUUUUCAGAAUGGAACCAUCUGAAAUUACCAAUGGUUGUUUUCUUUCUGUUCUAACAAGGGAGCGGGACCCAUCUGAGGCAGUGUCUGUGAAAGAUGUUUUGGCCCGUGCUGCAGCAAAGGGUCUACUGGAUGGAAUUGAGUUGGGUAAAGCUUCAAAAUGGGAGAAGAAGAAGAAGAAAUCAAAAAUACCAUUGUCAAGAGCCCCCACCAAUGAUAGUAAUGACAUCCAAAUGAAAAUUGCUGAAUUCCUGAAUCGAGAAAGUAAUGCAAAUGCUAAUCGGUCAGAGACAUUAGCAACAAAAACAUCUCUUCCACAGAAAAAUACAACUACAGCUGGUUCUUCCUCGCAAGUCAGAAAACCCAACAAGCCCACCAGCAAUCCUUUAGUGCCUACAUUUAUGAAGAACACAGCUCAACCCAGACCGUAUGAACGGCAGACAAACUUCGUAAGAUCUCGCCCAGAAGACAGAGUGAUGGCACUGAAACCUGUAGAGAUUGUUUUGCCUCCAGUAAUGUUGCCAUUUUCAGGUUCCCAAGGGAUCAAAUCUCAGAUACCAACUCAACAUUUUUACUAUCGUUGGGUUGGACCCAAGACUGUCAUGCCCAACUACUUUCCCUCACCAUCAAUAUCCAGAAGAGGGGAAAAGCCUAGAGAAAACUUACCUUCCUCCCUACUCAGGCAUCCUCGGCCAUGGCUUUGACCAUCUUGUGUUUUUUAUAGGGGUCAAGAGCAGUUCAUGUUUUUUCAAAGUCUGAUAUUUCUCUGAGGUUAGCCAUCCCUAUACAAGAUACUCAUCCUUUUGGCCACUUAGUAUCUUCUAAAGGUGCUGUUAACUUCAGGAGAAUUAAGACAAGUGAGAAAUAACAAUGUAGGCACUUCAACAAAAGCAGAAUUCCUACAUUUCAACAGCUCAGUGCUGAUCUGUUCUAGAAUGUCCAGCUUAGACUCAGGAUCAGCUGUUAGAACUUGUAUCCCUCUUGUUAACUUUCAGUCUGGACUCAGGACACCAGUUUUAAGAGAAAGCUGCAACAAUUUUUCCUGACGGGAAACACUGUCUGCCUUAUAACAGACUUGAGGUGGUUUACUAGAGUGUAGAUACGGAAAAGACGCUGGCCUCUCACACUGACUUUAUGUUGCUUUUUCAGUAUCCACCUGCGGUUUGACAUUUUCAAUUGCUAUGGAGGUUGGUUUUUUUUUCUUAAAUAUCAAAAUAUUCUUUAAACGGGGGGGGGGGUGUCAUGAGUUUUUGUGAUGUGAUUGAGAUUGAGUAGGAAGAACAGGAGGUUCCGAAGUUCCAGGUGUGCAUAGUUCAGAAGUAUGUUAACAGAGCAAAAACGGUUUCUCAUCGAAAGAGCUUCUGGGAUCCUGAGCAGACUGAACACACUAUCCCUUCUGCCAAAUAUGGUUGUGAAAAAGUGACUGUACACAAAUUUCCAUCCAAAUAGUAAUAAUUCUGAGGAAGAGGCAAAACUGUUGACUACAAGUGACACCUGUUAUUGAAGAAAUCCAUAAAAAUGUCUGAUUCUGUUCAAAGAUCAGGUGAAAUGCUAAAAUCUACAAGUCAUUUCAAAUGGUACACGGUAAUCAAACUGGUAAAUCAUUUCUGAUGCACAACGAAAAUAUAUUGUAGCACUAGGUUAAUUAUAUUAAAAGUCAAUUCAUCUUGAAUGUA